GGCGUUCCGUCACUUCCGUCCAGGCGGGAACCCAAGAUGGCUGCGCUUUUUUUGAGACAUGCUGGCCGCCAGUACCUCCGUGCCCACCUAAGCCCUCAGCUCGUCAUCAGAAAUGCUGUUCCUAUGGGAACCACAGCCAAAGAAGAGAUGGAGAGAUUCUGGAAUAAGAACACUAGCUCAAACCGUCCUCUGUCUCCUCAUAUCACUAUCUAUAGUUGGUCUCUUCCCAUGGCAAUGUCCAUCUGCCAUCGUGGCACUGGUAUGGCCCUGAGUGCAGGAGUGUCUCUGUUUGGUUUGUCGGCCCUGUUGCUCCCCGGGAACUUUGAGGGUCAUCUGGACCUAGUGAAGGCUCUGUGUCUGGCACCAGCUCUGAUCCACACUGCCAAGUUUGGACUCGCCUUCCCUCUCAUGUACCACAUUUGGAAUGGGAUCCGACACUUAAUAUGGGACCUGGGAAAAGGCCUGAAGAUCCCCCAACUCUACCAGUCUGGAGUGGUUGUCUUGGUCCUCACGGUGUUAUCCUCUGCAGGGCUGGCGGCCAUGUGAGGAGCUGCCAGUUGGCACCGUCCUCUCGAAACUCCUCCCGCUGCUCUAGCUUCCUGAUUGUCACCGCCUCUCCUGUCAGUUCAGAGUUCUCAACUUUUCUAGAAGCCCUAGAGCUCAGUAUCUGUAGAGUACCUAGUGGAACCUAAUAACCUGGUAGGGGGGACAAGCCCAGUCUCCAUUCCCAAAGAUGGAAGGACCACCAAAGCCUCUCUCCCCCAUUGCCUAUCCCAGCCCAUCGCCUGCUCUGGGUGUAGGACCCAUUAUCUUCCCUCCACAUUGGGCCUUAAUUUGUGCUGAGAGUAAGCUUUUGACUCCUUUCUGAGACAGUAGAAACAAUACCAGCUCUGUGGCCUCUGCCUGGGCCUGGGAGGGGGGCUCUGGGUGCCUCUGCCUGUGGGCUGCUGGCUUAAAGGACAGCUCUGUUCAUUGGUCAGAGCCCAGGGUCUUGGGCACCCACACAGUGUGACUGACAGAGUAGGGUGGGGGUUGGGGGAGGCAAGAAGAUGAGUUGGUACUUGGGGAGAAGAGAAAUAGCUUUUGAUAAGAGCAGGAUCCAGAAGAUUAGCAUUGAACCUAUUCAGGCUACUUCUUAUAUUUGCAUUUCUGGUAAAACAAGCCUCGUCAUGUCAAGUAUCCUAAUUAAAAUUCACAUGAUGUCUUUUUUUUUUUUUUCUUUCUAAAACUGAAUUAAAAUGUGCACUUUG